AUGACCUUGGGCGGCUGCUGUUGCGAGAUCAUGUCUGCCGAGCGGUCCCCGGCGGCCCUGUCGGAACCCGAAGGGGACAUCGAUGUGGUGGGAGGGGGCGGCGGGGCCGGGGGAGACCCCCUGCUCAGCGAGGCCGCCCCCCGGGACGGCCGCGGACUCCCCUCCGACGACGAGGAGGAGGAGGAGGAGGAGGAAGAGGAGGACGAAGAGGCGGGGGCCUCCUCUGACGGCGAGUCCCGGCUGCGGCCCGUCCCGGGACCCCCCAGAGCGGCCGGGCCUGGCGGGGACCCCCCGGAGCCGCCCCCUCCCCCCUCCGGGGGUCCCGGCGAGAAGCAGGCGCCCCCGCCCCCCCCGGCGGGCAAGAACCCGCUGGUGAAGCCCCCCUACUCCUACAUCGCCCUGAUCACCAUGGCCAUCCUGCAGAGCCCCAAGAAGCGGCUGACCCUCAGCGAGAUCUGCGAGUUCAUCAGCGGCCGCUUCCCCUACUACCGGGAGAAGUUCCCCGCCUGGCAGAACAGCAUCCGCCACAACCUGUCGCUCAACGACUGCUUCGUCAAGAUCCCCCGCGAGCCGGGCAACCCGGGCAAGGGCAACUACUGGACGCUGGACCCCGAGUCGGCCGACAUGUUCGACAACGGCAGCUUCCUGCGCCGUCGAAAGCGCUUCAAGAGGCAGCCGCCGCCGCCCCAUUCUCCGCACACGGCGCCCCACCUGCACCAUCACCCUCUGCAUCACCACCACCCGCUGCCCACCGUCCACCCCGGGCCGCCCUCGGACCUGCUGCUCCGGCCCGGGGACCCCCUGGCCGCCGCCUUCCUGCCCGGCUUCGCCGCCUACGGGCCCUACGGCUACGGCUACGGGCUGACCCUGCCGGGCUACCGCUCGCCCCCCACGCCGCACCACCACCAUCACCACCACCACCAUCACCACCAGCCCGCCGCCGUCCCCUACCCGCCGGGGGGACCCUGCCCCCUCACCCCCGCGGCCCCCGCCCCGGGACCCCCGACGGCCGCCGCCGGGCCGGUCCUGCCCGCCUUCCUGACGGCCGAGCUGGGCGGCGGCAGAAAGCCCUUCUACCCGGCCCAGCUGAGCCCCCCGGGGGCCGGACCCGCCGCCGGCCUGCCGCCCCCCGCCCCCGCCCUGCUGCAGACCCUCAAACCCGACGGCGGGGGCGACGGGGCGGGGGGCUCGGCCGGGGGCAGCGUGGUGGCCGUAUUGACUGCCCCCGUGGCCGGCCACGGAAACUUGACCCCCAGGGAGACCCUCCUGCCGUCCGGCCCCGGCUUCGUCAGUAAAAUCACAAACCUUAGCACCUGUCCUUACUGA